AUGUGGUUGUAUGCUGUUUUAAGAGUUUUAAUUGAAGAUGAUUUUAAUGAAAUUUUCAAUAAUAAUAAUAAUAAUAAUAAUAAUAAUAAUAAUAAUAAUAAUAAUAAUAAUAAUAAUAAUAAUAAUAAUAAUAAUAAUAAUAAUAAUAAUAAUUCAAAUAAAUUUAUACCAAAUGCAGGUACAUUAAUUCAAUCAAUUAAAUAUAAUCAUUUUAAAGUUAUUAAAUAUUUUUUUAAUAAUUAUUCAACAUUAAUUAUAAAUGGACCAAGUGAAUGUUUAAUUCAAAUUUGGAAAUUAAUAUUUAAUACACCAAGUAAUUUAGUUGAAAAAAGAUUUAAAGUUUUAAAUUAUUUAAUAUCAGAAUUAAAUUUUCAAGUACCACAAGAUCAACCAUUAUAUUUAAUUAAUUUAUUUAGAUUAUGUCCAUUUGAAAAUAAUUUUAAAAUUAAAUCAUUAAUUGAAUCUUGUAAAUUAAUAAAUAAUUUAAAUUUAUAUAAAAUUUUAAAAACUAUUAAACAACAACAACAAUCUCAACAACAACAAUUUUCAAAAUCUUCAAAAUUACAACAACAACAACAACAACAACAACAACAACAACAACAACAACAACAACAACAACAACAACAAAAAGAAGAUUCUAAAAAUAAUUUUAAUAAUGAAUUUUAUUCAAUUUCAAAUUUAGAAUUAAUUGAAAUUUCAAAUAAAUUAUCAAAAGAUAUUAAAAGUAAAAAAAUUGAGUCAUUGAUUGCAGGUAAUGAAAAUAAAGAAAUUAAAGAAAUUAUAAAUAGAUUAUUAUUAAUGUAUUAUUCAAUUUUAAAUCAAAAAAGUCAAAAAUAUUUUAUGAAUUUUGAUAGAGAAAAUUUUUUAAAUUCUGAAAACAAUAACAAUAAUUUAGAUUUUAAUUUUUGUUAUUGUUUUAAAAAUUCUGAAAUUGAUGCAUUUAGAUAUGGUGAAUAUAGAUUAUUAAGAAAAUGGUUUAGUAAAAAUGAUUUUAGUGGUAUGGAUAAUAAUAGAUUUAUAUUAGAGAAUAAAAUUUCUGAUAUUUAUUUAAUACAAUUAGAACAAGAACAACAAGAACAACAAGAUGAUAAAAAUAAUAAUUCAAAUAAUUCAAAUAAUAGUAGUUUCUUAUUUCAAUAUUGUAAAAAUGAUAAAAUUAAACAAAAACAAUUUAUAAUUGAUUUAAUUAAAGAUAGUAAAGACCAAGCGAUUGUUUAUGAAAAUAAAUGUUCACCAUUAUUUAUUUUUAAUUUAUUGUUGACUACAGAUGAUUUAGAAUUGGUAGAAUUUGUAUUUAAUCAAUAUGGUAAUGAUUUAUUAGUUUUACCGGUAAAGAAUUUUAGUAAAUUUAAUUUCAAUAUAUUUAGAUAUGUUUACUCUUUAAAGAUUUUAAAUUUCAUAUUGAAUAAUAUAAAAAAUAAACAAUUAUGUUCAAUCAUUACUUUAUAUCGUUAUGGAAGAGUUGAAUUAUUACAAGAAUUUGAAAAUAGAAUAUUAUUAUCUCAAUAUGAAAAUGAAAAUAAUAAUAAUAAUUUAGAUUAUAAUGGUAAUAUUAUAACAAAUGAUAAUUAUUAUCAUGGUGUCGGUAUUAAUAAUUUAAAUGGUAAAUUAAAAUUUCCAACAAUUAAAAUUCAUUUUAGUGGUGGUAGUGGUAUUGGCAAUAAUAAUAAUAAUAAUUUAAAUAAUAAUAAUAAUUCAAAUAAUAAUAAUAGUAAUAAUAAUUCAAAUAAUAAUAAUAGUAAUAAUUAUUCAAAUAAUAAUCAAUUAAAUAAUAAUAAUAAUAAUAAUAAUAAUAAUAAUAAUCAAUCAACAAUUUUAUCACCAACAAUUAAUAGAAAUAAAAUUAAUAAUGACCAAAGUAAAGAAAUAUUAUUAGUAAAUGAAAAAGUAUUAAAUACUGCAAGAUAUAUAGUUUCAAAACCUGAAAUUUAUGAAUUUGAUAAAUAUGUUAUUGAUUGUUGGUGUGGUAAUAUUAAUAGUGAUACCAAUUCUUAG